AUCACCAAAAUAACUACCCACAAAAACAACAAACUUUAUCGUAUAAUAAGAAAACUUGAUAUAUCCACUUCUUUGUAAUAUCCAAAAGAAUGUUUUUGAUAAAAGCGUUGCAGAAACUUCGAACAAAGCCUAGAGCGCACAACCUUCGAACACCACCACCUUAAUUGCGUCUGAACCCCCCCAUUUCUCCGGCGACACAAUCGGUGUUACAUAUUUUUUGUUUGACAUUGGGACUGCUGCACGUCCGUUAUGUGGGCUUCAGUUCUAACAGUUUAUUCGCAGUUUUACCAGCAUGCACCGUUCUGGUUUAGUGACUUCCCUAAUUUCGUUUGCGCUUUUCAUUCGCUGUUGCCAGGGCCAGAACGAAACUUCGACCGAAUCGUCCACGACACCUCUAGCUGAGUCCUUGAUAGGCGAGACGACGACGGAGAGUUCGAGGGAGGAGGACAACAGCCACUACAUCGACAUGGAGAUUAUCAGCAUCGAAGUGGUGCCAAGGGUUGGCAACGCGGUGCGUUUAUCGUGGGGGAAAUCCCUGAGAGAGUAUGAUCUGGAUUGGACGUAUGGAGUGUACUAUGGAUUGAAUAUGGAAGACGCGUUGAAAGAACCACGACUGACAACCAAGGAUUUGUAUGCAGAGGUCACUAAUUUGACUUUCUGUACGCAAUAUAUCUUUGCCGUCGGGGUCGUAAAUCCAAACAAGAAAAUCGCUCAUCCGGCCCGAAACAUACGCACGAUUGGUACCCUUAUCGACGAGCAAUCGCCCCCCGAAAACCUCCAAGUCGAAUUCAUCCCCGAUGAACAACCCUGUUUACUAAUCAAGUGGUCGGCUUCCUGUCCAAAUAUUGCCGUGCCCCUCGGAUAUUUGGUGACCGUCCACGAGCCCGACUCGCCCCGCCUGAUGCUCAUAACCCACCCCCGCACUACCAGCGCCGACUUGGCGCAAACUUUGCGCGUAAUUUACGGCAAAUCGUACGAUAUUAAAGUUGCCACAGACGUCGUCGGCUCGCAACCGACCGCGAUUGUCUCAUACAAAGUUCCCCAUUUCUUGCAACCGUACAAAGUGCGAUUGACGUCACGAACAGAUGGGGCUUUCAUGAUGUAUUGGCGCGAGCCCCACGUCCCCUACUACGUGGGGCCCUACUACUACGAGGUCUAUGUCUACCCGGGGAGGGAGCUGGGGGCCAAGCCGCAGAUCUAUGAAACGGACAGGCCGAUUUUUCAGAUGCAGGGAAACCAGAGCGAGUACACUUUCAUGGUGGGGCUGCGGUCCGAGGACGGGGCGUUCAAGUCCUACUUCACCCAGCCGGUGGCGCAGAACCUGCUGGGGGAGAAUUUCACGUUGAGUGUCAACUGAUGGGGGCUUUGGGAUUGAUUGUUUAUCUUGUUUUGUGUUUGUGUUCUGGAGAAUAAACGUUCUGUGAUUUUGG